CGUCAUCAUGCAGAGGUGGGGCAGACAGGUAAAGGUGAGCUGAGCUGCUACGUCGCGCCUUACUGAGGAAAGAAGGAACGUCGGCGGUGAUUUGUUUACUUUUUUCUCGUCUUAAGACAAAAACUGCACAAGCUGUAAGGCCAUGGUGAGGAUAAAGAAAGAGUCACCAGACCGGCCUGACAACACCGCCUUCACUCAGCAGAGGCUUCCAGCAUGGCAGCCCAUUCUGUCCGCAGGCAUCGUCAUCCCAGGCUUUGUCCUCAUCGGGCUCGCUUUCAUCGGCGUCGGAGUCGGUCUGUUUAUCACUUCACGGGACAUUCAGGUGUUGGAGAUUGAUUACACCGGGACGGACCAAACCUCGGACUGCAACAAGUGCACAAACCCAAACACCAAGAACUGCGUGUGCACCCUGAGCUUCAACAUCGACACUCUGUUUAAGGGGCCUGUUUUCUUUUAUUACGGUUUGACCAACUACUUCCAGAACCACAGGAGGUACGGCGUGUCCAGAGAUUACAAACAGCUCUAUGGAGACCUGGCUAAUUUUAAAGAUCCCAGCACAGACUGUGCACCCUACAGGCUGGACAGCAGAAACAAUCCCAUCGUUCCAUGUGGAUCAGUAGCAAACAGCUUGUUUAACGACACCUUCAAGCUGUAUCAGAUUGUCAACGGGCAAAGAAAUGUGGUGCCUUUUGAUGGGAAGGGGAUCGCUUGGUGGACAGACUACAAUGUCAAGUUUAAGAAUCCCGACGUCACGCCUCUGCAGAAUGCCUUCAACGGUACCGUGAAACCUUUAUUUUGGACCAAGGCCGUGUACGAGCUGGAUUUUUCAGACCCGUCCAACAACGGCUUCAUCAACCAAGACUUCCUGGUGUGGAUGAGGAGAGCAGCUCUGCCAAAUUUCAGGAAACUUUAUCGACGGAUCGCAGAGGAGAAUUAUACAAAUGGUCUACCYGCUGGAAACUACAGCCUUGAAAUUUCCUACAACUAUCCUGUUCUGAGUUUUAACGGGAGGAAGAAGGUGGUGUUCAGCAACGUAUCCUGGAUGGGUGGGAAGAACGAUUUCCUGGGCAUCGCCUACCUGGUGAUUGGGUCUCUGUGUGUCGUCAUGUCUGUGGUCAUGCUCAUCGUCUACGCCAAGUUCAAGUUCCCAGAAGACGACUGAGCGUCUGUUCACAGACUGAUGUUACGGAACAGAGGUUUAUUAACUGAAUUUUAUUUUGUAUCUCAUUCAAUGAGCCAAUUCGGGUUUAGAUUUUUAUAGAAAUGAAACAAAUCCACUCAGGAACUGAAGUCUUACUGUUAUGAACAAGUUAGGGUUAUAUUUUAUUGUGCUAAACUUCAUGCUGGAGCUUUUAAUUUGGCUGCAAAGCUACUGACUUUUCUCAAAUUAGGACAUUAUUUUUAAUUCAGGCACAAGUAUAAUGCCUUGUCUUCAAGUAUAUUUUUAAAUGAGGCUUUUGAGUGCAAAAAUGUUACUAGUGAGACUGUUUGACUUGUUUGUAUAUCUUAAAGUUUUGCUUUUAUCUUUAACCKGUGAUCUGCUUCCUCAUGUUAGGUCAAUCAUGUUAAAGUCAUAUUUUACAUGUAAAGCCAUUUAAUGCUCUCCAAACAGUUACACUUCARACGUGGCUUCCAAAUAAGUGCUGUAAAAAAUUGUAAAUAUUUUUUAACUCAGGGAUAUGGUGUAAAUGCUAUUUGUCUUGUUUUCUCUUUAUUUGAAGGCCUUUUUUAAAACUAUGAACACUCUUUAAAACACAGUUGACUUAAUGCUCCUGAUAUUUAUUGAAUAAAACACUUAAACCGUUGCAUUGUUCUAUAUGCAAUUUGAA